AUGUUUGACAACUACAGCCGAGAGAGCUACAUCUUCAAUGCAGGAUCCCUAGGUCACAUCAAAGGCUUAACCAUAACCUCCCACGGUUCUCCAGCCGUGCACUACUUUGGCGGUCUACCAUACGCUCUGCCCCCGGUCGGACAGUGGCGCUUCCGUGUCCCCCGGCGGCUCCCCAAGGAUUACCGAUACGGCACAGCAACCGAGCCAGGGAAGUUCACAGAUGGCACCAAGAUUUGCCCCCAGCCUCCCAGUAGCAACACGCCCGACCCUUCUGUCGUCAGCGAAGAUUGUCUCCAACUAAACAUCUGGGUGCCUGCUGGUCCUCCCCCCAUACAUGGAUGGCCAGUGUGUUUCUAUAUCCAUGGGGGUUUCCUCCAAGUCGGUACGAGCAACACCAAGCCAGAAGACCUAGUUUCACUUUUGAACGAAUCUGCAUUCCGCGCAAUCAUGGUCUUACCAUCAUAUCGGCUCAAUGUGUUCGGAUUCCUCGCGAGCAAGGCAUUGGCCGCCGAAGCGAGCUCUAAUGGAGAAGCUACGGGAAAUUAUGGUCUAUGGGAUCAAAGAUUAGCUUUGGAAUGGACGCACGAGAACAUAAGAUUAUUUGGCGGUGACCGUUCGAAUAUCACAGUAGCAGGUUACUCGGCUGGCGCAUACUCGACCUUUCAACAACUGGCUCAUGAGCUAUUCCGCGUUCCGGAAGAAAAGGCAAUCAUAAGACGAGUGGCAAUGUUCUCCAACAGUACAGGUGUCAUGCCCAAAAGUUUACAGGAUCAACAACUACAGUGUGACGAGUUACUCAGGAGGCUCGGUAUCAAUCUGGAUCUUUCAUAUGAUGAGAAACUGGCCAGUCUCCGAGCCGUUCCUCAUGAUAGACUCGUCCAAGCCCAAAUCGGAAUGAGAAUAUCAGAAUUUCGCGUCUUAGCAGAUGACGCUUUCUAUCCUCUUGACCUGAUGGAUAAGAUCAACAAUGGGGAAUUCGCCAAAAGAAUGAAGAUUCGCGGAAUAAGGCUGAUGAACGGAGAGUGCGAGAGUGAGCAUAUCAUGUACUGUCGCUGGCGUACUCCUCAAGAGUCUUAUUCGGCCGUAUAUCAAAGACUCCUGGCAGAUUUCUCCCCAGAAGUCACCCAAAAGAUCAUGGAACACUACUGCGGAUCCUCGGAGAACUUACCAGUGGGGUACAAGAACUGGGAGGAGUUUUUCGGGCGCGUCUACGCCAAUAUUCAAGUCCACUAUCUUCAGCGCGGCUUCCAUAACGCCUUGUUCACAGGUGGUCUCGAAGCCGGUAGAGAUGUUUUCCGUUAUCGAUUUGAGAGAAGACUUGAUUGUGUAGCAGAAAAGAUUCCAUCUGAGUGGGGAGUUACACAUCUCACUGAUAUACCUGUUUGGUUAUGGGGGUGCGGGUAUACCAAUGGUCUGGACGACCAGGAGAAAAAGUGGUUGAAGGGUUGGAAUGAGGGCUUUGCGGUGUUUGUGAAUGGCGAUGAAGUCAACUGGGGGACUAAGAAUCCCAAAGAUAUGAGAAGAUGGAGACGUGAUGGUAAGACUGAUGUCUGUGAAGAUAAUUCAUGGGAAGAUGGUCUGAAAUUUUGGAAGCUUGUCAAUUCGGGGCACAGGGGGACAGAAGGAAAGGCAAAUGACUGA